CUGCCACACUCUUCUGUCACUCCUUCUUUCUCUCUCUCUCCUCAUCUCCCUUAAAUAAAUACCAAGACCCCAUCUUUUUCUUCUCCAGAAAAACUAAAAUUCCUCACACUCUUCUCAUCUGAUCAUCAAAUUUCAAUCUCUUUAUUUUCUCUCUCCUACCAAAUUUCUCUCAACAAAACCCAGAUUAUAAAAAAAUCACCCUUCUUAUCUCAAAAUUUACCCAGAAAAAUUUCUGGAGAAAUCAGUUGAAAUUUUGUUUCUGAAACUUAUUUUUAAUGGGUUCAGAAAUUACUCAAACACCCACAUCAACAACAACAACUUCAACGAUUUAUUUUGAUGAAAAAUGGAAACUUUCAAAAAAAGAAGGUAGUAGAAGAACAGUAAGUUCUAGAUCUUCUUCUUCGUUUCUUUCAGGCAAUUCGUCGAACAGAAGAUGUGCGUUUUCAAGAAAGUGUGCUAGACUUGUUAAAGAACAAAGAGCAAAGUUUUAUAUUAUGAGACGUUGUGUUGCUAUGUUAAUUUGUUGGCGUGAGUAUGCUGAUUCCUAAUUCUGGAGAAAAAAUUAAUAAUUAAGGAGUAAUUUUGUUUUGAAAGAGAUUUUUUCUCUUCUAAAUUUACUUCUUUUUUUUUUCUUCGAGAUGUUUUUUUUUGGAUUAGGAACAAAAAAAAAAGGAAGAAAGUCAAGAUUUUGAUUGCCAAAUUUAUCACUUUUGUUGGCGUCCGAGGCAGAAGAGGAAUUAUUAGGGUAAAAAGAUCAUACUGUACAGAUCUAUAUUUUCAUCUUUUUUUUUUUAAAUUUGAUUUUGUAGAUUUUUAGUCUUUUUUUUGUACCUAAAUUUUCAUAUUUGGGUUUUUAUAGUAAGUUCUGUAAUUUUCCCAUUUUCCAGAAAUUGGAAAAAUCAUCAAGAAAACAAAAGGAAACACUCAAAAACCUCUAUUUUCGUUA